CCGGUGUGGUUCUUCUUCUCUGGUUCACUUGACGCAGACCCAAACCACAACUCAGCAAUACUCGGUCAGUGCACCUCCCAGCACCCGGUGGACCCGAGGUUCUCCGUGAGUUCACAGACAUAAACAACGAAGCUCAUUGAUGCCUUUACUACUCCUGAAUUAGUCUGUCUACGUGGAGCUUCUGUUGCUUUUUCUGCACGGAGAGGCUGAACUUUGGCGAUCUGCACACACCGACAGAGCCUCGCCAGCGCAGAUAAGUGCUGAUAACAGAGGUGGGUGGUUUCCCCGGCUAAAACGGACAACGGGACGAACGGCGAGGUAAAUCGAGCCCCUCUGGGGGCGGAUAGCCUGACCUCAGCCCCGUAGGGUUGAUAUGAAGAGCACGAUCGGAAGUUGACGAUGCUUGACUGGGUGGAAAGUUGGGAGCGACGACGACUCGUUAAACGGAAUAAGUAUCAAAGGUGAUGCUUUUGAGAGGAGUUCGUUUUAAGAGGGAUUCUCUUUGUUUCCCAGCUCGGACUCACUGAUACCGACAUGUGCGAGGUGGCCGUGGAGGAGCAGGAGCGGGAGAUCGGGGACCUUGAGCAGAGCUCCUUGGUGGGAGGGAACGGGCUGGUGGUGGUGUCCAACCACCGACCGGUGCACCCUCCGCUCAGCGUGGUGCUGGCCACCGUGCUCUACUGCGCCGAGUUCAUCACCGCCGCCUUUCUCUGCAAAAAAUACCACAACAACGACGAUGUCAUCUGGACGGGCUUCACCAUCGUCUUCAUGCUGGUGCCCGCUCUGCUCAUCCAGUUAACUCUAACCUUCAUCCACCGGGACCUGGGUCGGGACCGACCUCUGGUUCUCUUCCUGCACCUGCUGCUGCUCGGCCCAGUGAUCAGGUGUCUGGAGGCCCUGCUGGUCUAUUUCAAGGCUGGUAAAAAGGAGGAGCCUUAUGUCACCCUGUCCAGAAAAAUAAGUCUGAAAAAGGGCCAUCAGACGCCCAUGGAGCUGGAAAUUGGCCAAUCAGAGCGCAUGCUAGCUACACACAGGAACGCCUUCAAACGCACCGCAGUCAUUCAGGCUUUCCUGGGAUCCACACCUCAACUGACCCUGCAGUUGUACGCCACCAUCAACGAGAAGUACAACCUCCUUCCAGUGAGAUUGGCUCUGAUGAUCAUCACACUCAUCUCCAUCAUAUAUGGUGCUGUCGUUUGCAACGUUCUGGCCAUCCAGAUCCGAUACGACGACUACAAGGUGCGGCUGCGUCCUGUGGCCUACCUGUGCAUGAUCAUAUGGAGAGGUCUGGAGAUCGCCACCCGGGUUGCUGCUUUGGUUCUCUUCAGCUCUGCGCUGACAUACUGGGUGAUCCUCGUGGGCGUGGCUAACCUGCUCUUCUUUUUCUUCCUCCCAUGGGUCGAGUUCUGGGCCAAGAAAGGCUCGUUAGCUGAAGGAGUGGAGAAGAACUUCUCUAAGCUGGGCACCACAGUGGUGCUGUGCAUGUUCACGUUGCUGUAUGCCUGCAUCAAUGUGUUCUGCUGGUCGGCGGUGCAGCUCGACCUAACUCACCGAGAGCUCAUUGAGAGGAGGCAGGCCUGGGGCCGCCUAGCCAUGUACUACUCUGGACGCUUUGUUGAGAACUUUCUCCUCAUCACGCUCUGGUACUUCUUCAAGACAGACUUUUAUGAGUAUGUGUGUCCCCCACUGCUGGUGGCCCAGCUGCUGGUCUUCUACUGCCUGUCUGUGCUCUUCAUGCUGCUUUUCUACCAGUUCUGCCAUCCCUGCAGGCGCCUGUUUGUGUACAACGUCCAUGACUGCCUACACUGCGUCUGCUGCCGUCGGGGGCGGCUCCAAUCUCGGAGGAACCCGGCAGAUAUGCCACCGUCGUACUCCACUGCUGCCACCAUGGUGCUAAUGUCAGAGGGGCCUCUGGACCCUCAGAACUCCCAACCUCCCAACCCCCCCAGUCAGCCAGGAGAGCAGGAGACAAACUGUUAGAUCAAUGAAGAUAAAUGAAUUCUGGGACUAUAGAGGCAUGACGCUAGCACGGAACACAAGCAUGGACUAUUUAAAUUCUUCUUUAAAGUGAACAAAUCUACUCUUUAAUGCUUCUGAGAGGCGACGGUCCGCUCCACAAGGCCCCCAGCCUGCCAAAGAAUGCAACACGUCAGCAUGAACAAAGGCAUCUGUUGAGAGCAGCACUGAGCCAGGUGUGAGGGGGGAAAGUGCCAAGAGUGUUUAAAGCACUGAGCAGGACUCUGUCUGCCUCCUCUCAGGGUCCCCAUGCUUGCACACAUCUGCACAAAUCAGCCUUUAAAAAGAAGAAACGCACACGACUGCUGGAGAGCGAGUGAUUUGUUUUCGUCGUGCCUGUCUGCGGUCAUGAAUGCCUUUUGUUGUUCGCGGUCCAUUUGCUCUGUAUUGAGGAAAAAUGGGGAUUUCUUUGCGUUGCGAAAGAACAAAAGGAAACGUGUCAAAAGACAGAUUGACUAAAUAAUUUUUAAUGUGUGAUUAAAAGAUUAUCCAUAAACAAUCCUGACAUUGUUGCUUUACAAAGACCGACACUAAACAUGUUGUGCUGUAUUACUAUUUUUUGUAUCUUGAGUUUGGUUAAACUGUGCCUUGACUGCUGCUGUUCUACUUGAAUCUUGAAUAAAGUGAGAAAAACAAA